UACCAUUCCCGUAUUUUUAAGGUCACGUAGCUGUGUGUUUUGUGAGUGUUUCUUUUUUCAGACUUAACACUUGCAUGUUGAAAUUGUUGCGGGGCACCGUUGGGAUUUUCUUUCUCCCGACUGGACUGGAUGGAUGCUAGUUGUGAUGGCAAUGACAGCUAACGGUAGCUUCGCUGCGGCCUCCUCUCCUGCAGCAAGAUUACUGGAUACUGAGUAAAGAUUUGAAGACAGCCUGCCUGCCAUGGCGAAUUUACAGUCCUUCAUUGCAUUGAUGGGUGUCAUGGUUUAUUGUUUACUUAGAUACAGUUUGUGUGUAGAGUUGAGUGGGGAAGCUUAGUUGAAGAUAAGGUUAGCUUUGGAGCGUUUGUUUGUGACAUUGUUUGUUUGUGCUGUAGAGUUUCAUAGUUUCGUAGCAUGCUGUUCUAUUAGAAAUAGCAAUGUAGAUGCCCAUGUCAAAUGUAGAUGUAGAUGUCAAAUCAUGCGGUAGGACUGUGACCUGACAGUAGCCUAAAACAUACUAGUUUGUAAGUGGCUGUAGUAUCGGUAGAUGUUUUGAUGCCAUUAUGCUGGAAGUAGGUUCAACUUUAUGUAUUGCUUCGUCAUGUGAUUCUAUGAUUUCAACAGUCUCUAUGCACGGUGUCUCUUCUCAGGGGAGAUUGCAGGGCACCUGCUUUCUGGUUGACCUCUCAAAUGGUCAGGGGCAGGACGGCUCAGAAGGCGGCGAGCUCUUGUGUUGGAUUUGCCACACAGGUCGGCACUGUGCAGAGGCGUGAGGGGUGCGGAGCUGCAGGAUGUUGGCCCGGAAAGGCCUCUUACCGGACGGGUUCCUCCUGACCCGGCUGGCCGAGGAUGCCACCCACCCUAACCGGUUCCGCUCCAAGUCCCAGCGGGCCCGCUUCAUCACCAAGACUGGAUCCUGCAACGUGGCCCAUAAGAACAUCAGGGAGCAGGGUCGCUUCCUGCAGGAUGUGUUCACCACCAUGGUGGACCUGAAGUGGCAGCACUCUCUGCUGAUCUUCACGUCGGCGUUCCUGUGCUCCUGGAUGCUGUUCGCCAUGGUGUGGUGGCUCAUCGCCUUCGCCCACGGCGACCUGGAGCCCCGCGACCCCGACAGCGUCGGACACGUGCCCUGCGUCACCGCCAUCCACUCCUUCACCUCCGCCUUCCUCUUCUCCAUCGAGGUGCAGGUGACCAUCGGGUUCGGCGGGCGCAUGGUGACGGAGGAGUGCCCGCUGGCCAUCACGGUGCUGAUCAUCCAGAACAUUCUGGGGCUGAUCAUCAACGCCGUGAUGCUGGGCUGCGUCUUCAUGAAGACGGCUCAGGCCAACCGGCGCGCAGAGACGCUCAUCUUCUCACGCAACGCCGUCAUCGCCCCGCGCAACGGGCGCCCCACCUUCAUGUUCCGCGUGGGAGACCUCCGCAAGAGCAUGAUCAUCUCAGCCACCAUCCAGCUGCAGGUGAUCCGGCGCACGGUGACGGCGGAGGGGGAGGUGAUUCCGGUGUGUCAGCUGGACAUCCAGGUGGAGAACCCUCUCCGCAGUAACGGCAUCUUCCUCGUGUCGCCCCUCAUCAUCAGCCACACCAUCGAGCGCGGCAGCCCCCUCUACGAGAUCUCCGCCCAGUCCCUCACCACAGAGGACCUCGAGAUCAUCGUCAUCCUCGAGGGGGUGGUGGAGACGACGGGGAUCACGAUGCAGGCGCGCACCUCCUACACCCCUGAGGAGAUCCUGUGGGGGCGGCGCUUCGUGUCCAUCAUGACGGAGGAGGACGGCCGCUACUCCGUCGACUACUCCAAGUUCGGCAACACGGUGCCCGUGCGGAUGCCCGCGCUGAGCGCCAAGGAGCUGGACCAGACGCGGGGGGUGCAGGAGGGGGGUCCGUCGGAGGGGCAGCCGCAGGGCUGGGGGCUGGUGCGGGCGGGGCGCGGCGGGUACCGGCGGGGGGGCAGGGCCUGUGACGGCGCCGUGACCUCGCGACCCCCCUGGUACGCCCCCGCCGACAAGGACGAGGACAAGAACGCCCAGAAGAAGAGCGUCAAGCUGGAGGAGAUCGGCAGGGAGAUCCGCGAUGAGUCCAUCGAGGAGAUGAGCGACUGAGACACACACACACACAUACACAUGCACACAUACACACACACACACGUGAGUCCAUCGAGGAGAUGAGCGACUGAGACACACACACACAUACACAUGCACACACACACACACACAUGCACACACACACACACGUGAGUCCAUCGAGGAGAUGAGCGACUGAGACACACACACACACACAUGCACACACACACCAUCGAGGAGUCCAUCGAGGAGAUGAGCGACUGAGACCACAUCUCACAAUAAAUCUCCAAGCGCAUCUGAGGAGGAGGUCCAUAUGAGGUGGAGGUCCAUAUGAGGAGGAGGUGUGAAGGAGGAGGUCCAUAUGAGGUGGAGGUGUGAAGGAGGAGGUCCAUAUGAGGUGGAGGUGUGAAGGAAGAGGUCCAUAUGAGGAGGAGGUCCAUAUGAGGUGGAGGUCCAUGGAGGUCCAUAUUAUGAAGGUGGAGGUGUGAAGGAGGAGGUCCAUAUGAGGAGGAGGUCCAUAUGAGGUGGAGGUCCAUAUGAGGUGGAGGUCCAUAUGAGGUGGAGGUUUGAAGAUGGAGGUCCAUGUGAAGGUGCACAGCAGGGCUCCAGGCUCAUGUCCAGUUGCUCAUGCUGAUAAGUUGUUUAUUUAUCAUAUCGUAUUUAUUGAAUCAGACAUGCUGUCACUGUACUUGCAUUUGGAUGUUGUUGUUGUUGUUGUUGUUGUUGUUGCUGCUGCAGCCAUGGAUAUGUAAUGUUCCUAUAUUCGCCAGUAUAUUUCUACAAUAACUGGGCCAAAUCCCCUCAGACACAAGCCGUUCCCAUGACAACCACCUCAUUCCUCACACACACCUGCUCCCCUGUUUAUAGCGUUCCAUUCACUGGACCCGUUAGAACCUGCCAGUCUUUCCAUCUACUAAACCCUGUGGUUCUGUCAACUGGACCCGUUGGAACCUGCCAGUCUUUCCAUCUACUAAACCCUGUGGUUCUGUCAACUGGACCCGUUAGAACCUGCCAGUCUUUCCAUCUACUAAACCCUGUGGUUCUGUCAACUGGACCCGUUAGAACCUGCCAGUCUUUCCAUCUACUAAACCCUGUGGUUCUGUCAAGUGGACCCGUUAGAACCUGCCAGUCAUUCCACCAACCGGAACCAUUACAUCCCUAGAACCUGCCGAUCAUUCCACCCCCCAGAACCAUUAGAACCUGCCGAUCAUUCCACCCCCCAGAACCAUUAGAACCUGCCAGUCAUUCCACCCACCGGACCUGUUAGAACCGGCUGGUCAUUCCAUCCAUUCUGAUGUCCAUCAGCUGAUUGGUUCCUCUCUUAGUCCACUAGGUGUCCAGGAGAGCGGUACGGACGUUCCUCUGAGUCCCCUACCGUACCGAACUGUACUGUUAUGUGUUAAUUUAUGUCCCUACUGUACUGUACUGUAGUGUAUUGUGUGCUUAUUUAUCUAUUUAUUGAUGUAUUUAUUGAUUGUUUAUUUAUUUGGAUAAAUAUAUGGUGUAUUCUUUA